AUGGCAACCAUUAUCGAAGCUCCUGUUGACUAUCCCCCAGAAAUCACUGGCUAUGCCGAGCCAUGGAUUGUAAGUCCAGGAGACGAGGUAGCCAUCAAGGUCUCGUGUACGGAGCCGGAGUACACCCAUCAAACCGUCCGUGUCAUUCAAGGAGUCAAUGUCGCGCACUCGCCAAGAAAACAAGAAGAGCUUUUUCUUAAAGGUGGCGUUCAUAGUGGCCGAUUUCAAAAAAGCAAUCCUGGCUCGUAUGCUGUGGCAGAGAAAUGGUUGACUGCCGAAGUACCGUCAGGAAUAGCUAUUACUUUUUUCAUGCAGCCGUGGCUCCCGCAGGCCGGCCAUGUCCAAACUGUCAUUUCAACACUUGAUAUGAGAACAAAAACCGGAUUUUCCGUCCUUAUCAACCAAGCUGGACAGAUGGAAUUCUGCAUUGGCACCGGAGAUGAAGUGGAGGUCAUCCAGACCGAUUUCCAUCCUGAACGCAAGAGAUGGGUUGACGUUGAGUUUGUCCUAGACCAGAGGAUGCUUUCCGUUGCUUUAAAGCCUUUGGCACUUGUUGCUGCAGCUUGUAGUGUUACUCCUAUUGCUCUCCAGCAUACUCUGAAAAGUCCUCUGAGAAUAUCCAUGGAUAAUGUCCUACUGUUUGGUGCAUCCACGGUCAAAUCGCCUGCCUAUGCAUCUGACGUGUUCAGCGGCCGUAUAGACCGUCCAUGUAUUAAGAAAAUAGGACUACCGUCCACCACGAUUGUUGAAUAUGAAUUUUCACUUGAAAUGUCAAGCGAUAGAAUCAUUGACGUAUCGGGUAACGCUUGUCAUGGGCAACUUUUUAACGCCCCAACUCGUGCAGUUAGAGGACACGACUGGGAUGGCAGUGAGCCCGAUUGGAUGAAAGCAAAGUUUGGCUACGGAGCAAUUCAUUUUCACGAUGAUGAUCUAGACGACGCUGCAUGGGACACAGACUUCACUAUUGAAAUUCCGCCAUAUGCACGUUCCGGAGUGUAUGCUGUGAAUGUGCAGUCAACAAAUGGCAAAACUUCCGACACUGUAAGCGAGGAUUUAUGGCGUAUGAAGAGACGAAAAGAUGUCGGGUUAUCUCUGUAUGAUGUUCAUAAUGAUGACUCAGGCACUACCUUUUCUUCUGCCAAGAGACCUAUUCUCAAUCUCAAGCCGGGCUAUAUCAUGUGGGCCAUGCGACGACCGCGCGCUCUCAGUGCGGACACUAUCAUGAUAGGAUUUUUAGAGCGUGAAGGGAUAGCUUAUGAGGUAGUCACCGAUCACGACUUACAUGAACGCGGUGUGAGGGCUCUCAGUGGGUUUAAUACCGUAUUAACUGGCAGCCAUCCCGAGCACCCUAGCUUGGAAUCAUACAAUGCAUAUAUCGCGUAUGCGAAACAGGGCGGCAAUGUUAUGUAUAUGGGGAGCAAUGGAUUUUACUGGGUCUGCGCUACUGAUAUUCAUAGUCGGCCACAUAGAAUCGAGAUUCGUCGCGGCGACCAAGGCGUACGAACGUACGUAAUGCCUGGUGGUGAACAUAUUCUGAGCUUGAACGGUCAACAGGGAGGCCUUUGGAGAUCAAGAGGAAGAGCAACCAAUGUACUGUUUGGUAUUGGCUUUUGCGGCGAGGGCGUCGCCCUUGGAGUGCCCUUUAAGCGUUCCGAAGCCAGUUUGGCCGACGCUAGCAUCUCAUGGAUGUUUGAGGGCAUCGAACACGACGAACUUAUCGGUAUGUAUAGACUAGGCGAGGGAGCGAGUAGCGAUGAAAUUGAUAGAUUUGACAUUGCCAAUGGCAGCCCUACAUGUGUCAAAGUGUUGGCUUCAAGCACAGGACAUCCCGAUGACUUUGGUAUUGCACCGGAGGACGUUAGUUUCCCAAUAAUAAACACGCUGGGUACACAGACGGAUCUGAUUCGCUCAGACAUGACCUAUUACGUGACUGACACUGGCGGUGGAAUAUUUUCAGUUGGAAGUAUCAAUUGGUAUAAUUCACUGAGAUGGGAGGAUUAUCAGAAUAACGUUGCGAUGUUGACCAGAAACGUUAUAAAGGGGUUCCUCUCUGGUUUAAGAUAA